AUGACGAACAGUCACGGCUUCGUGGGGCUGCACACGGCUGCCAGUUUUCAAGAGAUGGCCGCUAAAGUCACACACGCUCCCACCUUUGAGGAGGGCACAGGAAAAUACCUGCACGGCGCCUGGUUACGCAGUGGACGGGACUUGGGACUGGGGCCGUCGGGCCUCCACGCGCGGCUGGACGCGGGCCACCGCUUUCCCGUCCCCCUGGAGAAACAGGACGCUCUCCCCAAAGCCCCGGGGACGCCUGUGGUGACUGAGAACACAGCCACCAGCAUCACCAUCACGUGGGACUCCGGCAAUCCAGACCCCGUGUCCUACUAUGUCAUCGAAUAUAAAUCCAAGAGCCAAGACGGGCCGUACCAGAUCAAGGAGGACAUCACCACGACGCGCUACAGCAUCGGGGGCCUGAGCCCCAACUCGGAGUACGAGAUCUGGGUGUCGGCCGUCAACUCCAUCGGCCAGGGGCCCCCCAGUGAGUCGGUGGUCACCCGCACGGGGGAACAGGCCCCGGCCAGCGCCCCGCGGAACGUGCAGGCCCGCAUGCUGAGCGCCACCACCAUGAUCAUCCAGUGGGAAGAGCCCGUGGAGCCCAACGGCCUGAUCCGGGGCUACCGGAUCUAUUACACCAUGGAGCCUGAGCACCCCGUGGGCAACUGGCAGAAACACAACGUGGAUGACAGUCUGCUGACCACCGUGGGCAGCCUGCUGGAGGACGAGACCUACACUGUGCGUGUGCUGGCCUUCACCUCCGUGGGCGACGGGCCCCUCUCGGACCCCAUCCAGGUCAAGACGCAGCAGGGAGCCAGCCCCGGUUCUGCAGAGGCGGAAGGCGCCGAGGCGGAGGGGGGUGGGCCGGGGUGGGUGCUCACCGUCCUCGUCGGUGCGGAUGACCACGGGCGAGCUCUCGGGCCCUGGUCCCACCUCUGUGAGAUGGUCAUCACAAACCUGCAGCCCGAGACCGCCUACUCCAUCACGGUAGCCGCCUACACCAUGAAAGGCGACGGUGCUCGCAGCAAACCCAAGGUGGUGGUGACCAAGGGAGCAGGUACAGACCCCUGCACGGGCCCCCCGCCCCCAGACCGUCCCGCGGAGUCCUUGCGCUCGUGCGCCGGGCAGCGGGGACAGAGAGCCAAGGUCUUCGAUUCGCCCGCCCCUCCUCGGGAAGCCUUCCCCACCCCGCCCCCCGUGCCACAGCCUCGGUCCAGGGUUCCCUCCGGGCACCCCCAGCACCCCCGUGCUGCCCCCGUCACAGCGGUGAUGGCCCCGAGCCCCUACCACCUGUCCCGAGGGACUGUUUUUACCCCAGCCAAAGCUGAGGAGGGAGAGGCAGCCGUGCAAGGGGAGAGGGUUCUGGGCGGAUGGCACAGCCUGGGCAAAGGUAUCCAAUACAACGGGCUCACACUGGACGUGGAUGGCCGUACCACCAAAAAGCUCAUCACGCACCUCAAGCCCAACACCUUCUACAACUUUGUGUUGACCAACCGAGGCAGCAGCCUGGGUGGCCUUCAGCAGACAGUCACUGCCUGGACCGCCUUCAACCUGCUCAGUGCCAAGCCCAGCGUGGCCCCCAAGCCCGACUCUGACGGCUUCAUCAUGGUGUAUCUGCCCGACGGCCAGAGCCCCGUGCCUGUCCAGAAUUACUUCAUUGUGAUGGUGCCGUUGCGGAAGUCUCGCGGUGGCCAGUUCCUGGCCCCUCUGGGUAGCCCGGAAGACAUGGAUCUGGAGGAGCUCAUCCAGGACAUCUCACGGCUGCAGAGGCGCAGCCUGCGGCACUCACGCCAGCUGGAGGCGCCCCGCCCCUACAUCGCGGCCCGCUUCUCCGUGCUGCCACCCACCUUCCACCCGGGCGACCAGAAGCAGUACGGCGGCUUUGACAACAGGGGCCUGGAGCCCGGUCACCGAUACGUCCUCUUCGUGCUUGCGGUGCUACAGAAGAGCGAGCCGACAUUUGCGGCCAGCCCCUUCUCAGAUCCCUUCCAGCUGGACAACCCAGACCCCCAGCCCAUCGUGGACGGCGAGGAGGGCCUCAUCUGGGUGAUUGGGCCCGUGUUGGCUGUGGUCUUCAUCAUCUGCAUUGUUAUCGCCAUCUUGCUCUACAAGAACAAACCUGACAGUAAACGCAAGGACUCAGAGCCCCGCACCAAAUGCCUACUGAACAACGCUGACCUCGCCCCCCACCACCCCAAGGACCCCGUGGAAAUGAGACGCAUUAACUUCCAGACCCCAGAUUCAGGCCUCAGCAGCCCCCUCAGGGAGCCGGGGUUUCACUUUGAAAAUGACAGCCUCAAGCUCCAGGAGUAUCAGUCCAUUGAUCCAGGCCAGCAGUUCACGUGGGAACAUUCCAACCUGGAGGUGAACAAGCCCAAGAACCGCUACGCCAACGUCAUCGCAUACGACCACUCCCGCGUCAUCCUCCAGCCCAUCGAAGGCAUUGUGGGUAGCGAUUACAUCAAUGCCAACUAUGUGGACGGCUACCGGAGGCAGAACGCGUACAUUGCCACACAGGGGCCGCUGCCCGAGACCUUCGGCGACUUCUGGCGCAUGGUGUGGGAACAGCGCUCAGCCACCAUCGUCAUGAUGACGCGGCUAGAGGAGAAAUCACGGAUCAAGUGUGAUCAGUACUGGCCCAACCGGGGCACGGAGACGUAUGGCUUCAUCCAGGUCACGCUGCUCGACACCAUCGAGCUGGCCACGUUCUGUGUUCGGACCUUCUCUUUGCACAAGGUAGGACCCGGGCUGGGGCUGGGGCUGUGGGAGGGGGUGAUGGGGGCGGAAGAGGAAGACUGGAGGCCCCAGCUUCUGCCCUGGGAGCUCCCCGAGAGACACAGAAAACCAGGCAUGUCGGCCCAGGCUGACCACAUGGUCUUGUAG